AUGUGCAAAUCGUAUGAGAAGGCACUAAAUACUCUUAUGACCAUGAUCGAGCGGGGCCGCAAGUAUAAAUUCUUGGAGCAGGAACUGGGUUUAGGAGUUUGUAUUUGCUUGGGCACUGACUUGUCUGAGAGCCACUGGGACAAGCUAUUGAAGAAGACUACGGCCGACUUCUCUCGCAUCAUGGAGCACUUGCGCGAAAAAGGCGUAUCCGAUAUGGCUAAUCGAUUGGGUCCUUUGAGGGACUUCGUUGUCAGCCAAAAGAUUCGGUCGUUCACGACGGACCCAACUUUUGUGGCGGAGCCGGUGACGUUGACGAUAAGUGAAAAUCGGUCGUGCCGUGCAACACCGAGCGAUCUUCAACACCACGGAGCCGAUGCAACUUCACCUGCAGCGCUUGAGACGGACAACCGUUUGGAUGAUGUAGACUGGGCUCAUUUGACUAACCUCUGA